GACAUCAUCCUGAAGCGCGCAGCCGACAUCGCGGAGGCGCUGUACAGCGUCCCGCGCAACCCCGCGCAGCUCCCGGCGCUCUCCAGCUCCCCGGCCCACAGCAGCAUGAUGGGCAUCAACUCCUACGGCAGCCAGCUGGGCGUCAGCAUCUCCGAGUCCACCCAGGCCAACAACCAAGGUUACAUUCGUAACACGAGCAGCAUCUCACCCCGAGGCUACUCCUCCAGCUCCACACCUCAACAGUCCAACUACAGCACUUCCAGCAACAGCAUGAACGGCUACAGCAACGUGCCCAUGUCCAACCUGGGCGUCCCCGGCUCGCCCGGCUUCAUCAACGGCUCUCCCACAGGCUCCCCCUACGGCCUAAUGUCUUCAAGUCCAACAGUUGGCUCCUCCAGCACUUCUUCCAUCCUUCCAUUCUCCUCUUCCGUAUUUCCUGCUGUCAAACAGAAGAGUGCCUUUGCUCCUGUCAUCAGACCCCAAGGGUCUCCCUCUCCUGCCUGCUCCAGUGGCAACGGGAAUGGGUUUAGAGCCAUGACUGGUCUUGUCGUUCCCCCGAUGUAAGGAAGAGGCAGCUUUGCUCCUCUCCCUCUUCCCUUUUUUCCUCUUUUUUUUUCGUUUUUCUUUUACAGCACAAAACUACUUAUUGUGAUGGACCACUAAAAAGAAAAAAAUAGCACUACAAGCUCUUUUUUGGGGGAAGGCCAGGCCCAGGAAAAAAAAAAAAAAAAAAGAACAUUUUUUAUGGAUUGGACAAGAUAGAAGUCUGCAUCUUUUACCUGUUUCAUAUUUCUGACACAACCACAUCAACUCCUAAAACAUUGUGAAUGAAGAAGCAGCCGAGAGCCAGGACGAACAACAGUUGGCAGAACGGAACCAGAAAUGCAAAGUCUGUCUUGAAAGACAUGAAACCUUCCUUAAGAUUUGUAAAAUAUUAAAAGGAGAAAGAAAUUGGCAAAACGAUUCAAGCUUGAUAUUUUGGAUACAAUUUGUUUUACUUUGUAGGGGAAAAAAGUUGAAGUUUCUAUUUUCUAUGGAGCCUUUCAGAUACGAUUUAGUUUAUGCAGAAAAA